AUGCUUAAAUUUCUAUUCACAUCAAAGCUUUCAUUUAGAUUAUUUAAAAGGAGUAUAGCAUGCUUCUCUUAACAGUCAGCUUUUAAAGAAUAGGAGUAUUUCUCUGAUGGAGAAUCUGACCCUGAGUCUAAAGCUUUAUUAAGUAAAUUUGAAGUGUAUUAACAUUUUGUAAAUGCAUAAACAACAGAAGAGGUCAUUAAAGCUUUCAAUGAGAAUAAUUUAUCAUAUGAAUAGAUUCAUUUCGCAGCAUUUUAAUUGAUGAACAUUGUUACACACAAAAAUGUUUAAUAAGAUUCUUAAUUAGAUUCUUUCAUAUAAGAAAAAAUAAUACCAAAUUUUGAGAAAUUAAAUUCAGAACAAAGUGUUACAAUUAUUUAACUAUUUUUAAAAUUAUAAAGUAAAUCCUAUAAUAUUAAAAUAAAAAGACAUAUAGAUUAGAAUUUAAAAAACUAUACAUAUUUAUAAUUGCCAUAUGUAUUUUCAUUUUAUUCUAAAUAAGGAUGGAAAAUGGCACAUAUUGGUAAAAUAUUAAAACAUUUAUUAUCUACUCAAACUUUUACUGCUCAUUCAUUAUGUUAAAUAAUUAGAGGUUGUUAUAUUGAACAUAGUGCUCUUAAAUAAAAUUAUCAUUCAGAUUUGGCUUAUUUGGCUUGUCAAUAAUUAAUUAAUCUUAUAGAUAAUUUAAAUUUUCAUGGUUUAGUUGCUGUAUUUAAUUAAAUUGCUAGAAUGUAAUUGGAUUAAAAUACAUAAUAAAGAAGAUUGCCAGAAGUAAUGUAUAAACUUUCUGAAAAAUUUAUUGAAAAUUUUGAUAAAAUCUCAUAGUAUUCUAAAUUGAAACUCUUAGAAGCAUAUUCUGAAUUACCAGAAUCAUUCCCAAAUGAUUUGUAUUAAAAAUUAUAUCAAUCUUUUGAAUAAGAUAAUUUAACUAGUGCUAAUUAAUUGAAAUUAUAUAUCUUUUUAAAAAUUCAGAAAUAAAAAAAUUAACCAUCAGCUGAAACUCUUUAAAUAUUAAUAAAUAAGAUUAAUUUUGAAGAUAUUACAGAGAAUGCAUUAUUGAUAAGAUUUCUUGAUGUUGAAAUUGGAGAUUAAAAUUAAAACAUAAUCAAUUUUUGUGUUAAAAACUUAAAAAAGAAUUUUAUCAAUCUUAGUAUAAAAUAAAAAGCUGAAUUUAUAAAAAUUAUCAUAAAAUAAAAUAAAUUAGAUGAAAUUUUAGAUCUAAAUUAAAUUAAUGACAAUCUUCUUCUUAAAAUUAUUGAAUCACUCCAUAAUUGUCAUAAAAAUAUUGAAUCCACUAAAUCAAUUUAAUAAUAAUAAAAUAUUAAAGCAUGUGUUGAAUCAUUUUUUGAUUAAAUAGGUAAAUUAAAUUAUGAUUUAAAAUUAAAAAUUGCAUCCUUUAUACUUACUAUAGAUCCUUAUAAUGAAGAUCCUUUUUAUGAAUUUAUUGAUAGACAUAUUAAAUUGGAAUCAUUACCAGAAUCCUAUUUCUAAAAUUUUAUAUUGAGAUUAAAUAGCAAAUCUCAUUUUAAUUAAGAAUUGAGAAAAAGAAGUGAACAAUUACUUCCUAAUUUUGAUCAAUUAUAAAAAAUUAUCAAUGAAAUUAAUAACAUUGAUUUCUUAAAUGAUAAAUUAGUCAAAUAAAUAGCUAAAUGGUUUUAUACUUUAACAGAUAAAAAUAUUAUAGAUGAGUCUUUUAAUAUUAAUUCAUCAUUGAAUUUAUUGUUUAAACUAAUUCUUAAUUGUCCAAAUCAUUCAAUUCAUAAUAUGAGAGGAACUGUAUUAUAAACAAUAAGAGAAUUAAUAGAAUUAUUUACUAAAUAAGUUUAUUAAUCUCAACAUAAUAUUGAAAUCGAUAUUGAUUUGCUUUUAAAGUUUCAUAAUUAACUUAAUUAAUUAGAAUUAAGGACAAAUCUAAUAAAUAAUAUUUGUUAAAAACUUUGUAAAUAAAUUGAUAGUUUUAAUGAUUUAGAGAAAUUAUAAUUGGCAGCUAUCAUCACUGAAACUAAUAUUCAUUAAUUUUAGAGUAUUUCUAUUAUAAAUAAUUUCUUGAAUGCAGCAAUAUCAAUUGAUAUAGAUAGUUAUUAGGCUAUUUUGAUGAAAACAAAAGUUUUAUUAUUUUAAAUAAAAAAUUAAGCAAAAUUACGUUAGUAACCAGAUGAAGUUUCAUUAAAAUUCAUGAUAGAUUAAUUAAAAUAAGAAAUUAUAAAAUUUGAUUUAACUAAAUCUAAAGAACAUUAUUUAGAUGGUUUGAUGAUGUUAUUGGAAUAUGAUGGUUGGAAAUUUAACAAUUUAAAAUAUGAAGAUGAUGGUUUAAAAGAUUUUAUAGAAUUAUAUUUUAAUAAUAUUGAUCAUUUAUUAACAAUGAAUAAUAUGAGAUAAGGUUUGAGGAAUAUUCUAAAAACAAUUGGAUAGUAUGAUACAAAAUAUCAAUUUAUAAGGAAUUAUGAAAAAUUAUUUUAAAAAAUGUUAUAAAAAUGUCAUGAUUUAAGGAAUAAUGAAAUGCCUCCAAUUUCAAUUUGUUUAGAUUAUAUUGAAUUUUCUAAGAAAAUCAAACUUAAUAAUGAUGACACAAUAUAUGUCUUAACUGAAUAUAUUAAAAGGCAAAUAGAUAAUUUAAAAUAAGUAUAAAUUGUUGAAGUUACAAAAAAUUUAUCCGAAUAAAAAAUAUAUGUGGAAUCAUUAUUUGAUGGAUUGAGUAAAUAAAUUUCAAGAAAAUUGUAAUAUUAUAGUAAUUUUGAAUUGUUAGAUAUUCUUAAUUCUCAUACCAAGAUUGGAUAUUUUAAUGAAUCUUUAAUAUUGAAUAUUUUAGAUAAGUUAUAAAAUGAAUAAAAGAUUUAAGUUAAUCUUUUAGCAUUUGUAUAGACUUUAUGGAGUGUAUUAAUUAGUUUAGAAUACUUAAAAAAAUAAAUGAAUAAGAAUUAUUAUUAUAGAUAUGAAAAAUUGAUUACACAUUUAAUGAAUGAGUAAUUAUAUAAUAAUAUACUUUAGAGUAUAAAAGUUUCCGAAUUUCACUUUGAAUGCUAAAAUGCCAGCUAUUUUUCGUCAAUUUAUGGAUAUCUAUAAUCUAUUAGAAUUUAGUUUACAUUUAGAUUUAUGUAUUAUGUUUUAUAUAUUAUUUUAAAGAAUUAAAUUAGAAAUAAUAAUAAUUAGGAAAAUAAAUUAUUGAAAAUGGAAAAAAAUUAGUUAAUUCAAAAUUUAUUCCUAAUUAAAAAUUAAAUUAGUAAUUCAAAAGCAUUAUGCAAUUUCUUGAUAAAUCAUAGAUUGAGUAUAAAGUAAAUUAUUUCCUUGAUAAUCAAUAUGUUGAUUUCUAUAUUUAAAUGAGAAAUCACAUAAUAUCGAUAGAUAAUUCAUUAUAUGUAACUUAUGAUAUGGUACAUAAUUGUCUUUAUCAAGAAACAUUACACUGGUUUUCAUUAUUUUAAUAAAUGGAUUCUUGAAGGGGCUGCUAAAAAAUAUGAAUUAAAAGUAAUUCGGGUUAAUGCAAAUGAAUGGAAUUAAAUGACAGAUGAUCAGAGAAGAAAGAUUUUGUUAAUGUGA